CACUUGCUGAAAUAAACAUAGAUAUAUUAUAUAUAGAUAGAUAAUAUAUUCUACCCAGUAUGAUUGCCUCUAGGACUUUGACUUUACCAGUCUUGUCUUUUAUGAUUGGCAGUACAACUUGUGCCUUCAAUGAGUCCGGUAGAAUGCCAUGCUUAAAGAAACCAUAAAAACACAAGGCAAGAAGAGGGAUUACCUUACGACUGGCAUGUUUUAAAUGCUCAGCUGUAAUACACCACGAGCAUUAUUGUUUUCUUCAUCAAUAAUAGCUUCGCGGAUUUCAUCUGGAACUAUCACUAAAACCUCACUGGGAUCAACAUUAUCAGAUAUUGGAUAUUUGCCAUGAGUGACUGGUCAUACUUGUCCAAACUUCUCCACAAGGUCCAGGCUCAUUCCACCGUGGUGGGAAAGAUCUGGAUGAGUGUUCUUUUCCUGUUCAGGAUCUUCGUACUAGGCGCCGCUGCAGACAACGUUUGGGGGGAUGAAUUGUCUGAGUUUUACUGUGACUCCAUGGAACCAGGAUGUAAACACUCCUGCUAUAACUGGAUGUUCCCCAUGUCCUACGUACAUUAUUGGGUGCUGCAAAUCACUUUCGUUUCAACCCCCACUCUGGUCUACCUGGGCCACGCUGUCCUCAUCAUCCACAGAGAGAAGAAAUUGUUGGAACGUGGGCAGAGCAAAAUAAACAGAAAUGGACUGAAGAAACCCAAAUACACGGAUGAAAGAGGGAAAGUGCAAAUUAAAGGCAUCUUGUUUUACACAUACAUGACACAGCUGGUGUUCAAAAUAAUCCUGGAGAUCGGCUUCACUAUUGGACAGUUCUAUGUCUUCGGCCCUCUUUUUAUUGUCCCUAGUUUCCAUUGCAAAAAUUCCCCUCCUUGCGCUUUUCACAGCGGUUCCUUGUGUUACAUAUCUCGGCCUACGGAGAAGACUAUCUUCAUUUUUUUCAUGCUCGCUGUUUCCGGUAUUUCGGUACUCCUCAAUGUGGUUGAAAUUGUGUACCUCCUGUACAACAGAAACCAAAGUGCCAAGAAACAACUUGAAGCUCAACCUCAUGCACUACAUGCUGAGCAGUGCACACCAACUAGGCCGCCAUGGGAAGCUACGAGAAAUCAAUAUGGGGGUUACCCACUGUUGCCAUUGAAUUCUCAGGCAAUUACACAUAUAACCAGCGAGGACAGUCACAUCCACUCAGAGUGAAGACAUGGACUUUUUUUUAAAAUUGCAAUUCUUUUAAAAGCUUGAAUUUUUUUCUUUUUAUAUUGAAAUGGUUUGUUAUAAUUAUAUCGUGAGAAAUAUUGUGUUGUAAUA